CUUGUGAUGUAGUCUGAACUUCGGAAGGAGACUUAGACUCAACCUCUCUGGAAAGGGGAGGAUACUCUCUUGACUAGGCACACCAUGGCAGUCACAAAUGGCAUUUCAGCUUUUGCUCAUUGAAGCUUACAUAUGGCAAUUCCAACCUUGAAAGAAAUGCAAAGUCCUCUUUCCCCCAGGAGAUUCUGGACAGCUUGAAUUGCUGUGGGAGAAUAUGAGAACAUGAGGAAGAUACUCUUCAGUAGGAAACUGGCUUUGUUUCCGAACGUCACAGCUCACAAACUGCUGCUGCUGAUCUCUGUCUUAGUUUUCUGGGUCAUCUACUUGACUUCCAAAGGCAGUACACAGUUCUUGUUUCAGUUGAGAAGCCCCAUCACCCUGAGACAAUGGCAGAUCUUUAGGAAGUUCUCAAGCUCCGAAGUACCUCUGAACCCAUCAGCUUCACCAACAGAGACAGAGCUGAGAGUGGGGGAGAUCCUGGAGAAACUGGAUCAACUGAUCCCGCCCAGACCCUUCACCCACUUCAAAACCACCACCAGCGCCGCCCACAGCACCGCCACCGUCCUCAACCCUCGGCGCACGUACUGCGUGGGGGACCAGCUGGACGUCCUGCUGGAGGCCAGGGACCACCUGGGACGCAGGAAGAAGUACGGCGGGGACUUCCUGAGGGCCAGGAUGUCCUCCCCAGCCCUGAAAGCAGGCGCUUCAGGAAAAGUGACAGACUUCAACAAUGGCACCUACCUUGUCAGCUUCAAGCUGUUCUGGGAGGGCAGCGUCUUCCUGUCUGUCCUGCUCAUCCACCCCAGCGAGGGGGUAUCGGCUCUCUGGAGGGCAAGGAAUAAAGCCUAUGACAGGGUCAUCUUCACGGGUCACUUUGUUAAUGGCACCUCCCAGGUUGUCACCGAAUGUGGCUUGACCCUAAAUACAAAGUCUGAACUGUGUCAGUACCUGGAUGCUCGGGACCAAGAGGCUUUCUACUGUGUGAAACCUCCACGUAUUCCCUGUGAGUCCCUCAUCCACAUGCACUCCAAAAAUAGAGGCAUUUCUUACCUGAGUGAGGAAGAAUGGCGCCUUUUCCAAAGAUCCAAUGUGGGGGUGGAAGUGCUGAAGAACCUGCCACCUGUCCAGGUCUUGCGGUGUAACAAGACUGAGGGCAUGCAAAAGAAAUGUCAGGUUGGAAUGAAGACUCCUUUCCCCAGUGGCUAUACUUUGAAAGAAAGGUGGAUUAUGACAUUUUGCAAACAGCACGAGUUCAGUACAAUACAGCAAAUAAAUGACUGCCUGAAAAGAAAGCUUAUUUAUCUCAUGGGAGACUCAACAUUGCGUCAAUGGAUAUACUAUUUACAAAAAGUUGUAAAAAGUUUAACAUCUUUUGAUCAUCAUGGAUCUGGGCCCUUUAAAAUACUUGUUCUUCUGGAUAUUAAAAGACAUAUUUUGGUUCAAUGGAAAAAGCAUGGUAAUCCAUUUGUUACCGAAAAGCUGUUCUCUAUGAAAGAAGACAACUAUAUUCCACGCGAAAUUGACCGGAUAGCAGGAGAUGAUGCCACAGUCAUUGUCAUUACCCUUGGCCAACACUUCAGACCCUUUCCCAUGAACAUUUUCAUCCGUAGGGUCCUCAAUAUUAAAAGGGCCAUAGAACGUCUAUUCUUGAGAAGCUCGGAGACCAAGGUGAUACUUAAAACUGAAAACACCAGAGAGGUACAUAAAAAUGCAGAGAUGUUCAGUGACUUUCAUGGCUAUAUUCAGAAUCUUAUCAUGAGGGAUAUUUUUGAGGAUCUCAAUGUGGGUAUAAUUGAUGCCUGGGAUAUGACCAUUGCAUAUUCCACCAAUAAUGUUCAUCCACCUGAUAAUGUUAUUGGAAGUCAGAUUGACAUGUUUUUAAACUACAUUUGCUAG